CAAACACACUCUCCUUAACACUUUUUUCUUUUCCACUCUCUCUUCUUUCUUUCUUUCCCCAAUAUUCCUAACCCAUGCCAUUACCUAUCUCCUCUUGCAUAUUAAUUGGGAUGGCGUUGGUGAUAGCGACGGGGGUGGUAGUGGCUUGGUUGGUAGGGAAGAAUAAAUGCCGGGUAAGAGAAACAGGCCCUACAUAACAACACAAGACAUGGUGGUGAGAUUAGUACCAGUAACUCCUCAUCAAGCUCGUAGUCACAGACACAGAUUGGGUUCUCAUAGUUAAAGGGUAUCAUUGGUUUAGAAAGUCUAUAGAGAGAGAAAAGUGUCUAGUCUACUACUCACUCUCUCAUGCACGUGGUUCAGCCUUCAGUUGGUGGCAAUCUCUGAAUUUAUAUAUCACAGCCUAUUAAAAGAAGUUUAUUUAAUUCCCUCGCACUGUGUCACCUGCUUCCUUUCCAGCAAAGGUACAGCCACCAUUUUCACCUUCUUCAUUUCAUCACAUUUAACUCUCUCUUCUCUUCCCCCAUUCCACCCUGCCCUCCAUUUCCUCUCUCUCUUCCGCUACAAAAGCUCUCAUUUUUAUGCCACCCCACUAAACCCAAACCAUUAAAAUACACAAAACACAACAUGGGCAUUAACGAAUCUUUGUUCUUCAUUCCUAGGCAGAGAACCCAGAAGGAAAAGGUAGAGAGAGAUUAAACGGGUAGUACAACUCUAUUUUAUUUUAUUUGUUUGGGUUUUGUUUCUCUCUCCUUCGAUUCCUGUAUUCUUAAUGAGAAUGUUCCCAGUCGGUGAUGAUCGUGAUGUUUUGUUUCUUAUCGGACCAACGUUUACGAGACCUGAAACGUUGUAGCUGAGGAAGCAACACUCAGAAUCGAAUCCAGUUCGGUUGUGACAGCUAUGAUGUCAAAGGGGUGAUCACAUUGUUUCGAGCAUGAGAAGACACCGUGAAAUCCAUCUCUCUCAUGCUCUGUUGUCCACCGUUUUCUGUUUGUUUGUGACAGCUUCUGCAGCAACUGAGAAGGAAAUUUUGCUUGAAUUCAAGGGUAACAUCACGGACGAUCCACGCGCCAGCUUGAGUUCGUGGGUUUCAAGUGGAAACCCGUGCAAUGAUUACAACGGUGUUUCUUGUAACUCCGAAGGGUUUGUGGAGAGAAUUGUGCUUUGGAACACUAGCUUGGGGGGGGUGUUGUCCUCGUCACUUUCGGGGUUGAAGAGGUUGAGGAUAUUGGCGUUGUUCGGGAACCGUUUUUCGGGUGGUAUUCCAGAAGGGUAUGGUGAACUUCACUCGUUGUGGAAGAUCAAUUUGAGUUCCAAUGCUUUGUCUGGUUCGAUCCCUGAGUUCAUUGGUGAUUUUCCUAGCAUUCGGUUUCUAGAUUUGUCCAAGAAUGGCUUCACUGGGGAGAUACCUUCGGCUUUGUUUAGGUACUGCUACAAAACCAAGUUCGUUUCUCUUUCUCAUAACAACCUUGCUGGUUCAAUUCCUGCCUCCUUGGUGAAUUGUUCCAACCUUGAAGGGUUUGAUUUUUCCUUCAACAACCUUAGCGGGGUUGUCCCUCCGCGGCUUUGUGGCAUUCCAAGGUUGUCAUAUGUGUCUCUGAGAAACAAUGCCUUGUCAGGGAGCGUGCAGGAACUCAUUUCCACAUGCCAAAGUUUGGUACAUUUGGAUUUUGGUAGUAAUAGGUUCACUGAUUUUGCUCCAUUCCGCGUCCUUGAAAUGCAAAAUCUUACCUAUCUCAAUCUAUCGUAUAACGGGUUUGGAGGACACAUUCCUGAGAUCAGUGCCUGUAGUGGCAGAUUGGAAAUCUUUGAUGCUUCAGGGAAUUCUUUGGAUGGGGAGAUUCCCCCCAGCAUAACUAAAUGCAAGAGCCUAAAGCUCUUGGCAUUGGAGUUGAAUAGGUUGGAGGGGAAUAUCCCAGUGGAUAUUCAGGAAUUGCGUGGACUAAUAGUUAUCAAAUUGGGUAAUAAUUUCAUUGGUGGAAUGAUUCCCAGUGGCUUUGGCAACGUUGAGCUUCUUGAGUUGCUGGAUUUGCACAAUCUAAACCUCGUUGGCCAAAUUCCUGAUGACAUAAGCAAUUGCAAGUUUCUUCUUGGGUUGGAUUUUUCGGGUAAUAAAUUGGAAGGUGAAAUUCCUCAGACCCUUUACAACUUGACAAACCUGGAAUCCCUUAACCUACACCAUAACCAGCUUAAUGGAAGCAUUCCCCCAAGCCUAGGAAACCUAUCAAGGAUCCAGUAUCUAGAUCUGUCACAUAAUUCACUUUCUGGCCCAAUCCCUCCUUCCCUUGGAAAUUUAAAUAACUUGACACAUUUUGAUCUCUCAUUCAAUAAUCUCUCUGGCCGCAUUCCUGAUGUUGCAACCAUACAGCAUUUUGGUGCAUCUGCAUUUUCCAAUAAUCCUUUUCUCUGUGGUCCUCCUUUGGAUACCCCUUGCAACAGAGCUAGAUCGUCUUCAGCUCCUGGGAAGGCUAAAGUUCUAAGCACCUCAGCAAUUGUUGCAAUUGUUGCUGCAGCUGUAAUUCUCACUGGGGUUUGUUUGGUGACCAUCAUGAAUAUGAGGGCGCGUGGUAGAAGAAGAAAAGAUGAUGAUCAGAUUAUGAUUGUUGAGAGCACACCUCUUGGAUCAACAGAAUCAAAUGUUAUAAUUGGAAAGCUGGUUCUCUUCAGCAAAAGUUUACCAUCAAAAUAUGAAGAUUGGGAGGCAGGUACCAAAGCAUUGCUUGACAAAGAGUCUUUGAUAGGUGGUGGAUCAAUUGGUACAGUCUACCGAACUGAUUUUGAAGGUGGCGUCUCAAUUGCAGUGAAGAAGCUUGAGACUUUGGGAAGGAUCAGAAACCAGGAGGAAUUUGAGCAUGAACUUGGGCGACUUGGCAACCUUCAACACCCUCAUUUAGUUGCUUUUCAAGGUUACUAUUGGUCCUCUUCAAUGCAGUUGAUUCUAUCAGAGUUUAUCCCAAAUGGAAAUCUGUAUGACAAUCUACAUGGGUUUGGCUUUCCUGGAACCAGCACUAGUACAGGCAACAGGGAAUUAUAUUGGUCUAGAAGGUUCCAAAUUGCAGUGGGAACUGCAAGAGCCCUUGCUUAUCUCCACCAUGACUGUAGACCUCCAAUUCUUCAUCUCAACAUUAAAUCCUCUAACAUUCUCCUAGAUGACAAGUAUGAAGCUAAGUUGUCUGAUUAUGGAUUAGGAAAGUUACUUCCCAUUUUGGAUAAUUAUGGUCUGACCAAAUUCCACAAUUCUGUGGGAUAUGUUGCACCAGAGUUGGCUCAAGGCCUGAGGCAGAGUGAGAAGUGUGAUGUUUACAGUUUUGGAGUCAUUCUUUUGGAGCUGGUUACAGGGAGGAAGCCUGUGGAAAGUCCAACCACAAAUGAGGUAGUGGUUCUGUGUGAAUAUGUAAGAGGUUUGUUGGAGACUGGCUCAGCUUCAGAUUGCUUUGAUAGAAAUAUACUUGGCUUUGCUGAGAACGAAUUGAUUCAGGUUAUGAGAUUGGGGCUAAUUUGUACUUCGGAGGAUCCUUUAAGGAGACCAAGCAUGGCUGAGGUUGUCCAGGUCCUUGAGUCCAUUAGAAAUGGAUUGGAGUCCCAAUCCCAUUAACCAGUAAGAGCUUUUCCAUGCAGUACAGUUCAGAAUUGAAGUGAUUGCUUAUUUUGUUAAAUUCUCCAUGGAACGGAUGUAUCAGAUUUAGGCAUUCAAGCAUACAUGGAAGGAGAUUUGGAUCGGGAUGGACUGUGUAUACAAGCGGGCAUGGGGAAGGAUGUUACUUGGCAUUCACAUCGUAAAAAAAGAUGAAGGAUAAAAUUCUUUUGUAUUCAUUCUUAUAUUGCCAUUUUUUUCCAUAAAAUUUGUAACAUCUGCAAAUAAAGGCAUUUGUUUAUUCCAUUACUUCACGUGUUUUCAGGGGGAAUACAAAAGAUGCCUUUGAUUCAUUUCCAAGUUUUUCUCUUUUGACUUUCCAUAAAUGUCAUGAGGUACAAACAAAGAUACGAGAAAAUGUUGAGAAA